CGGGAAACUUCGCAACGGAUGGUCAUGCGUUUAUAACUCCGUAACGAUUCAUAUCGAACUACGCAUCGAAAACAAUUACGAUACUGUCGAGUUUUUUUUUUCGUUUGUGAAGUGUGGUAGUGAUGUUUGAACUUGAGUGUUAAUCCCCAUUUUUGACUAAACAUGUCUGGUUGAAUGACAUUGUCGUUUUAGCAGUGUAAAACUAAAGCUAUCCAAAUGAAGAUGACAGUAAAUCGUAUAAGGGUGGUGGUGCUAGGCAGCCCGCGGAGUGGCAAAUCUGCGGUUGUGGUGCGGUACCUAACGAAAAGAUAUAUAGGUGAAUACAGCUCCACUGGCGAUUUCCUAUAUCAGCACCGAGUGGCUUUCGACGGAGCCGUUUCUGAGGUGGAAAUACUAGACACUUCUAAUUGCACGAUGCGUGGUUGCCUCGGCGAGCACGUGCGCUGGGGGGACGCGUUCGCAGUGGUAUACUCCGUGUGUGAGCGACGCUCCUUCCUCGCGGCGGCCGAGCUGCUGUCGCUGCUGGAGCGGACCAGGCUGCCGGGCUGCGCGGCCAUCACCCUCCUCGGGAACAAGAGAGACCUCGAACACGCAAGGGAGGUCCAUGCAGAAGAGGGUCAGGAGUUGUCGUUGCGGUUCGGGUGCCAGUUCUACGAGGUGUCAGCGGCAGAGUCGUGCGCGGGGGCCGCUCUCGCGUUCCACGCGCUGCUGCGGGAGGCGCGCGCGCUGGCGCUGCUGCUGCCCGCGCCGAGACGAAAGCUCGCCGCCUAUUCCGUCUCUAAGGUUAUCGGCACAAUAUUUGGCAAGAACAGCAAGAGUGUACGAAAGAAAAGACCAUCCCUCAGCAUUUAAAUAUGUAGUUAACUUUAUUUUAUAUUCGUAAGACUGUUAUAUUUUAUCUUUUUUUGUAUUGCCUAAAAUAUAGAAAAAAGCUAAAUAAGAUUAUAAUUAAAAUUGUACAGAUAAUAGAAUGCAUUUUCAGAAAUUGAGUGCGAUGUGCUUUGUAAAUAGAACUUGAAUGUAAAUAACAUUGAAACGUAAGAUGUCUAGAACACCUCGCAAUAGAAUUUAUUUAAAAGCGACAGCGAAUAAUUAAAUUGGUAAGUUGUAAAUAUUAUAUAUUUUAUGAUGGAUUAUGUGCUAAAUUUUUUAAUAAUAAA